AUGAUGCUGGAGGGCGAUUACCACGAAGGCGACAAUUCGGCAAGGCGAGCUGGCCGCCCUGCAUGCAUCAAGGUUCAAUCCGCUGAGAGAGAGGCUGUUUUCCAGAUACGCUGCGACAAGGAUUCGCCAUGUGCAAACUGCAGGACCGCAAACCGCCCAUGCAGUUCAACCGGCGCCGGCCAGCGGCCGAGGGAAGCCCGGCAGCGGGUGCUAAUCUCGACCCAAUACGAGCGAAAGAUAGACCACUUCGAGUCUCGCCUCGCAAAUAUCGAGAACAUGCUCCGUGAUCUGGCCGUCUCCAUCACCAGCAGGAGUCCCUCAGCUUCCGCUACCGAGAGUGGGUCUGCCGGCCUCGGUCCCGUUCCCUUGGGCUCCUCGCCGACCGCGGGAGGCGGCAGCGGUACUAAUGACAUUGUGUACGGGCGUGAACAUGACGAUGAUGCCAUCUCAACCUUCGAAGGUGACUCCUCCAUCUCCGCCCAGACAGUGUUUGCUAGCGAGUUCCUCGAGAACACCGUCACCCGGACGUUGCCCCGUGACCUAGACCCAGAUAUGCGGUCGGCCUUGUCCUCGCUCCAGCAGAUCGUGAGCAUGCAGAACCGCCCGGGCGCCCACGAGUCCCGCUUUGUCAACGCUAAGCCGCUGCCAAAGGGGGGUCUCCACGGCAAGCUCGCCAGUUUUGCAACCAUCUGCACCUUCAUCGCCGCCGAGAACUUCGCGGAGCGGUGCAGUAGGGUGUACUUCGCUACCGACGACUUCAGUCUCAUGUCCUGGGGCGUCGUCAACGCGGGCCUGUACUUUUUGCUGCAGGAAAAGGCCGCAUUGGUUAGCGGCGCACAGAGGGACGAGCUACUCGAGUACCAGUCUCUCUGCCGCGACAACUUAGAGACGGCCCUCACCAACCUGCCACUGUUAAUGCCGGCGCGCAAGGAGUGCAUCGAGGCCUUCUAUGCCAUCGAGAUCUCCAAAUUCUCUAUCGCUCGUGAUCUCAACACCGUAGCAGCCAACCUCUGCCAGACGCUGGGAUACCACCGCUUGCACGGCGGGCUCGACACGACGCCCCGGGCUGUGCUUUUUUGGUCGGCCUACCUGCUCGACAAGGCGCUGUCGGUCCGGUCGGGGCGGGCGCCUACGAUCCAGGACUAUGACAUCACCCUGCCGCGGAGCUUGGAAUACGGCGAUGACCUGCCCGACGCCUCGUGGGCCAUCGUGUUGACUCAGUGGAUCGCGUACGCCGACUUUCUCGGCCGCGCGUAUGAGCAGUUGUACAGCCCCGCCGCGCUCGCCCGGCCACAGGAGCGACGUGCCGAGAGCGCGCGGCAGCUUGUCCGGACUAUGAACAAGCUGGCCAAGGAGCAAGAGCCACUGGUGCAGAAAACACGCGAGAAGGUGCGCGGCAUCAAGUUCGACGCCAACAGUCCCUUCCCGAUGGAUAUGGCGAUCGUUGGCGACGAGUUAAUGCACUGGUCGGCCCUGACGCUCGUCUACCGCGCCAUUCCUAGUCCGCCGGGCUCGCCCAGCACCUUCAACCCGGAGUGCAUCCACGCCGCGCGCCAGGCGUUUGCGUGCCACCAGGAGUACAUGAGCAUGGCGGGCGAUAGCGUGGCCGUGAAGGCGGGGUGUAUUCGAUGGAAUGUCAUCUACGUCCCCUUCACGCCUGUCAUCGUCCUUUUCUGUCAUAUCAUCGAGACGUCGGACAUGGUCGACCUGCAGCGGGUGGCCGACUUUGUCGAGUCACUGGUGCCCGUGUGUGCAGCCUCCGAGGCCGUCGCCAAGCUCCACCGCAUCUGUAAGGUCCUGCACAACGUCGCGAGCUUGUGCGUCCGGGCCAAAGCGCAGCGUCGGCAGGACCCGCAGCAGCGCGACCAGGAUAUGACCAUGGUCGGCAACAACAUCGAUAUGUACCUGAGCCAACUGGGGUUCAUGCCGCAGUUUGCCGGUGCCCAUCCUAUGCAGCAGCCGCCUGAUGCACAGUUUGUUGGGCCCGGCCCGAUGCAGCCGCCGCCUCCGGGACCUCCGGGACCUGGGUUUGGUCCUGGCCAUCCCGCCCAGGCGAACGAGCUGGGAAACUGGUUCUCGGGCAAUACCCAUAUUCUGGGGCUGCUGGAGGAGGACCUGUCCGGGUUUGAGCCGCAACUGUGGCCAGCAAUGGGUGGCCAGUAG